AUGGAUCCUCUGUCUGUAUCCAGUGGCGUUGCGGGUCUUGUUUCCCUUGGACUUACUGUCUGCAAAGGUAUCAAUACCUUCUGCCAAGAUUACAGAUCACGCGACUUUGAUCUCAUCAACCUCACGGAGCAUGCACAAAGACUAGACUCGUUCCUUCAGCUGAUACAAACUCGGUUGCAAGCAAGUCAUCGCAUCGACUCAGCGCUUUCAAUGUCCCUGAAGAACUGUUUUGACGCCUCUCAGGGAUGCAUUCAGGAGUUUGAAAGCCUGACUAAGAAGCAAACCCGGUCACCAGGGCCAAGAGAAGUCAAGGAGUAUAGAAAAGAUGCCGCGAGACAUUUGCUGUAUCCCUUGCAAAAGGCCAAGUUUGACAGACUAAAGACAGAAAUGCAAGGGUUCUACACCGCAAUGACAAGUUAUUUGCUCCUCCUUAACCACGACCUUGCCAAUGAGAUACGAGAAGCUGCGAUUUCCGAAUCCGUCAAAAUGGCUUCUCUAAUCAUGUAUGAAAAUCAGAAGACAUCAAGCCAAAUAGCUGCCUUGUUGCCUGCUUUGGAAAGAGUGAUUGAUACAAAGCUGGCUGGGCUCGAACGCUCGUCAUUGGUAUCGUUGAGGUCUAGCCCAGGAGCCGACGACGUUUCAAUGAAUUCCUCGCCUUCAUCGCCUCCGUCACCGAAACAUGGUGGGAUGAGUCUGCAUAGCAAGAACGAAAGUUGGAGUGACACCGCAGACUGCUUGGCAGACAAUUUCCUCACAAGUGAUGCCAUGGCCCAAGCAUCGUCUCGUAUCAAAAUCGAAGAUAAUGCACCGAAUACUUUGCCUUCUUCAGAAGUACCGAAAGACGAAAUUUCUCAGAGUUUUGGGUGUUCUUGUAGGGCUGACUCUUUCUUCGGACGACGAGACGUGUCUAUCCGUUGUCGCCCCAAGCACGACAGCCAUUGCGACCUCUUCUUCACGAACCCCAGUCAACGAGCCAUAAAAGGCAAGCUCCAACUUUUCAGCAUUCUGAUUUCUUGGAAAUUGGAAAUCCAGUACUCACGGCGACUGAUCUACCGAGAUUUACAGAUUCAUCCUGCAAUAGCAAUAGCAGCGCGGUCCUUGGUAUCCAAUGACUCACCUGCUUUUGCAUUGGUCGAUGAAUUAGUUGGUGGAGCUCCAGAUAUUACAGCAGAAGCUCUUCAAGCUCAGAUAUCAUCAGUGUCAAAGGACCUGAGAUGCCUGUUCAGCAGCGGCAGAGCCUCGCCAAGUGAUGUCAACUUCGGCGAUCAAACCCUUCUGCAUGAACUUGUACUUAUGGGUGUGCCCCUUAACGAAAGUGGGUGUUUCGGCCGCAAGAUAAUGACGUUGAAAGGUUUCGAUUACGGUCCCUUAUCCUCUGCGAUUUUCCAAAAGUCGGAACCGGCUCUCCGAAGAAUUCUGAUGGCGUCGUCAUCCAUCAUGACCGAGCGAUGCCACAACAACCUGACUCCUCUUCAUGUGGCCGCUUACUGGCCGAGAGGCCUCCAACUGCUUUUCGAAUUGGCUGGAGAUGCCUGUCGGCAAAUCAUUGAUCUCGAAGACGCCACGCAACUCACGGCAAUUCAUUCGGCUGUACUCUUGCAUCAAGUGGACUCCGUCAAAUUGUUGCUUGAACAGGGAGCCAGCAUCGAUCUUGAGAACACUGCUACGUUCUUUGGACACCCUUUUACUCUCGACGCUGAUUAUCAAAGCCAGGAAAUUAUCGACUUGUUAUGUGAUGAACUAGCCGUUCGCAGGAGAGAGAUGUUGCGUUUCGCAAGGAAAAACUUAACGGUAGAAGAAUUGUUCACCCUAGGCACAACGAAACAAACUGUUCUCCAAGCGAAUGCGUUUGAAGUUCUGCAGGCACUUCAGGCCAGAAAUGUCGACAUACCUUCAAUCUUUCAGCGAGUUCGACCUGGAUCAAUCUACCAUUCUCCGGUGAUGAAUGGUCAAUUGGCUGAAGGUUUAUACCGCUCCGGUUUCGAAGGGUUCAACUCCGCAUUCAAUGGUUGUACCCCGCUAGCAACCAUGAGAAUAUUCGGUGACCAUUUCGAGGACAAUCCUGACGAUUUAUUGAACUCUAUCGCCUGGUUUGAUGCUCACGGGGCCGACAUCAAGCAUGCCAUCCCUACUUUCAGCUGCAAUUCGAACGAGAUAAUAUGUUCAUCGUCUGCGUCUCCCACUACUCUUCUUCGAUUGGCCACUGCUUUUGGGAAAACGGCAAAACCUUCAAGCCCACCUCUUUACCAUGUCAAGAACAAGUCACUCCUUACACGAAUCUUAUCUGACACUUCUAGAGACGAUUGCAAUUGUCAUUGCUCAAGCCGAGGAUGUAGUCCGGCCUCCGCAUUCGCCAAGGCUUGGUCCAGAGAUGUCAGUUAUGUCAGCGAAUUUUGGAUAUUGGAUCACUUGUGGCAUGUCUUUUCAACCAUUCUGCAUACUUCGCGUCAACAAAGCCAGCAACCUUUGCUAGACUUUGUACGCGCGACGACGUUUGAUUUCCUCGGUAUGAGCCAUACAUGCUGCAAGUAUAAUUACGAUACCAGGAGAAGAGCCAGAAAUAUCAAGAAUGUGUAUGAUGAGAUAUGGAUAAUGGACCCAAAGGAAGUGGCGGAAAUACAAGAAGAAGACCGAUAUUUGGCCGACAACUUGGAAGAAUUGAUGGAAGAAUUUUCUGUUAGGUUGAAUAAUCCAAGUUUUGACCUAGGAGACUUUGGGGACUAUUGGCGCACACGAUUGGAAGAGGUUGAGGGAACGAAAGAAGAGUUGACCUGUGAGGAUAUUCGCGCGAUCCGAGAAAUCGGUAUCAAUUUAGAAUGA